GUAGCUGCCCCUUGGUCACCCUGUAUGGGGGGGCUGGUCUCCUUGUCCUCUGGCCGGGAGGUCAGUCCUCAGCCAAGCGGGUUAAGCCACAAUUUCGCUCCAUGACGCUUUCAUUUUGGGUAUCGUCAUUCCUAGUGAAAUCGGUCGGUUUCUGGGUUUAUUUGCUUUGUUUGCUAGGGAUGGGAUUAGAGUCAUCUAAAACAUUCUACCGCCAUUGCAUGAUUGAAAGCUCGAGUUAUAUUUAUUACACCUGACGGAGUCAAGGGGUAUCUACAGACGAUUUCUAAAUACCAGGACGUGAUCGGAGUCCAGUGCUGGGAGCCCAGUCGGGAGAGAGACCAGGGUCCAGAGAUCCUUCAGCCCAUUGGGCUGCAGCUGCAAAACGGAUGAAACGAUUUGACAGCUGCAGGAGGAGGAGGCGAUCCGGAGAGGUGAGGGUCACGGGCAGGAGGAAGAGCCCGGAGAUGCCGCCAAGGGGCAGCAAGGCCAGCAGGAGGCUGGGACAUGAUCCCGCCCCUCCUUCUCUUCCUCGGAUCCCUCUGAAAAUCCUGGUGGAGGUGGAGACGAGGCUCGUCUACUGCGAAGGGCCGGCCAUCGCCGCGAAGUCCCGGAGGCCCCCAGCCUCCCCGGGCUGGCAGGGGGUCUGUCAGGCCCCUGCGCUCGGACACGGCCCGGGCGCCCUGCCUCCCCUGGACAGGUGGCUGGUCGUGGCCCUGAGCGACGCCGAGGCGCACUACCGCCAGAGGCAGUACAGCGCCGCGGCUCGCCGCCUCACGGCCGCGCUGGAGCUGUGCACGAGAGGAGCUGCGCUGGGAAGCCCCUUUGAUGCUGGUUAUGAAGACAUUUGCAAGGUUGUCAGCUUCAUUGAAUCCAAGCUAGUUGCCUGUUACCUCAGAAUGAAAAGACCUGACUUAGCACUUAAUCACUCCCACAGGAACAUAUGGUUAAAUCCCACGGAUUUCCACAACCAUCUUCAGCAGGCAGCGGUGUUUCGAUUCCUGGGACGCUUCUCUGAGGCUGGAAGGAGUGCCAUGAUUGCUGACUACAUGUACUGGCUGUCCGGAGGCAGUGAACAGCAUAUAAGCAAGCUCAUCAAACUGUAUUGGCAGGCCAUGCUGGAGGAGGCCGUGACAGCAGCAGAGGGCUUUACCGCCAUGUACACUCCCUGCAGUGUGACGCCGGCGGACACGGACAUCAGGGAGGUCACCGAUGUCUUCAGCAGGCAGCACUCUGGAUACACCUCCUACCUCUUCACAGAUCCAACCCUUGCUCAUUUACUGCCCCAAACAACAAACUGGGCCCUGCCUUCAUCACAGAGGUAUUUGAUCACCCUUGGAUUCCAGAAAUGUGAAAAUGGAAGCUUCUUAGACAAACUGUUGACCAGAAAGUACCCAACUUUUACAGAAAAUACGCUGCUGUCCUGCCCCCGGGCUUCAGAAGACGUGGAGAGGAACAUCCACACCCUGGGGAAAAGGGUUCUUCCAGUGUUAGAUUUUAUCAGAUGCACUAAGUUAGCUGAUGGUUUUUCUGCAGGUUCGGGGGUGAUUCAGAAGCUGCAAUACGCAAGCUACCUCCGCCAAUUGCAGCGUGUCACUGAGCACUCGCAGGUGAUUCAUCAAGCUCUGGCUGAACUCGCAGUCGCUCCCUAUCUACAGGACAUCAGUCAGGAGGACACUGAGCUGCUGCACACGCUAAUGGCAGACACCAUGGCCACCCUUGAAGGAAGCCAGACUGAUAAAGAAUGUGUUUGGAAUGAAAUGCAAAAGGUGGGAUUGCUGGAAGAUCUUAUCCAUCACCUGGGGGCUGACUUUCCGCGGAGAAGAAAGCCGAGCGCGGCGGCCAGGACGCAGCGGGCGCGAAGGAGGAGGGGAAGGGCAGAGCACCCCCAGCCAGCAGCAGAGAGAGGCCCCCCCGGAGCUGGACAUUAAUACACCGCAAGCAGGACCACAAAGGCCUGUCUUCAAACUAAUGAGGCGUCCCCUCGCGAAGCCCCGUCUCCAGCAAGACGCUCUCGCCCCUCAUUAGUCUUAGCUGGCAGAAAUAAAUGGAGUUUGUGAGUCCA